GCCGGCCGGGAGGCGCUGCGGUAUUACCGGAGGAAGGUGGCCCGCUGGAACAGACGACACAAGAUCUACAAGGAACAGUUGAACCUCACCUCCCUGGACCCCCCAGUGCAGCUCCGAUUUGACGCCAGCUGGGUCCAGUUCCACCUGGGAAUCAGUCGCCAGGGGCUGUACUCCCGAUCCAGCCCCAUCGUCAGCAAGCUGCUCCACGACAUGAGGCACCUGCCCACCAUCAGUGCUGAUUACAGUCAGGACGAGAAAGCCUUGCUGGGGGCCUGUGACUGCACACAGAUCGUGAAGCCCAGUGGGGUCCACCUGAAGCUGGUGCUGAGGUUCUCGGACUUCGGGAAGGCCAUGUUCAAACCCAUGAGACAGCAGCGAGAUGAGGAGACGCCCGCAGACUUCUUCUAUUUCAUUGACUUUCAGAGACACAAUGCUGAGGUUGCAGCCUUCCAUCUGGACAGGAUUCUGGACUUCCGACGGGUGCCACCAACAGUGGGAAGGCUAGUGAAUGUCACCAAGGAAAUCCUAGAGGUCACCAAGAAUGAAAUCUUGCAGAGUGUUUUCUUUGUUUCUCCAGCCAGCAACGUGUGCUUCUUCGCCAAGUGUCCGUAUAUGUGCAAGACUGAAUAUGCGGUCUGUGGCAACCCACACAUGCUGGAGGGCUCCCUCUCUGCCUUCCUGCCGUCUCUCAACCUGGCCCCCAGGCUGUCUGUGCCCAGCCCCUGGAUCCGCUCCUACUCUCUGGCAGGAAAAGAGGAGUGGGAGAUCAACCCCCUUUACUGUGACACAGUGAGACAGAUCUACCCAUACAAUAGCGGCCAGCGGCUCCUCGACAUCAUCGACAUGGCCAUCUUCGACUUCCUGAUAGGAAAUAUGGACCGUCACCACUACGAGAUGUUUACCAAAUUCGGGGAUGAUGGAUUCCUUCUUCACCUUGACAAUGCCAGAGGGUUUGGACGACACUCCCACGACGAAAUCUCCAUCCUGUCACCUCUCUCCCAGUGCUGCAUGAUAAAACAGAAAACACUUUUGCACCUGCAGCUUCUGGCCCAGGCCGACUAUAGACUCAGUGAUGUGAUGCGGGAGUCGCUGCUAGAAGACCAGCUUAGCCCUGUCCUCACAGAACCCCACCUCCUGGCCCUGGACCGAAGACUCCAGAUCAUCCUCAAGACAGUGCAGGGAUGCAUACAGACCCACGGAAAGCAGAGUGUCAUAGCCGAUGGCCCAGCACAGCAAUCAGUCCUACACACAGGCCAGUCUAGGCGGACAAGCUAAGGACCGAAGAGCCAAAUUUCACAACCGAUACCUGGAGCCAGUGGUGGACUCCGGAGUGCAGACCAACACUUCCUCACUUCCACUUUGCAGUCCUGGAGGUUGAAUCACUAGCUCAGGAAGGAAGGAGGCGGGGCGUGUUUUGAAACAAGUGGGACCAACUUGGCUUGAUUUUUACCCCUUGAUAAAGAUGGCUUCUUCUAUAGUGAAUUGCCUUGGCUCCAUCUUUCCCAGAAAGCACUGCCUCGAUCAGGCUACAGACUACCUUCCGGGAAAUCUGGACAUGGAUCAGGCUUGGAAGCCUGUUCCCAGGAGUUUAACAAUCAAAUAAAAGGACAUCAAGUGAGUACCUGACUGUCCUCCAGAUCCACACGGUAUCUACAAGUAAAGGAUAACUCCUGGUCCAAAUAAAACUUCUGAAAUACCUCAAGCACACUCAAAAUCUGCAAAUGGUUAAUCAAACCGGUUCAACUCAGACUUCACACUUACUCCUUGUAUUCUCAUCACUAGCCCAAUCUGAAUACAAUAAUCCCCACUGCCCAGUCCUACAGUAACUUCUCAAGAAACUCUAUCACAGAACACAGAACGUAGCUAUAAAAUAGGAAUUUGUUCAAAACAUCACAUAAGGGGAGUUUGAAUCUGAAGAGUAUUAAAUACCAACUGAAACAUCAAGUACCUUCAAAAUUAGUAUUUAGUAACAACAGGUUAAAUUGUGACAGAAGGAAAACAAGGGGAGUUCUCACACAGGAUAGAUAGCAUGGGUGUGGCCUAUCAGGUAUAUGAGCCUAGGGCAAAGCAAGAGAAAGACUGAUGCCUACCAAAGCCCACAGCCACAUUCCUUUUCCCAGAUAUCUCAGAACCUUCAUCACCUACCUAUAAGAGCAUGGGCCAUCUGGAAAGGCACAGCCCUCCCCUUCAUACUAGCGUAGAAAGGACUAAAUCAAGUGUCUUUCCCAAUCUUCCCUGAAGAGACAGUAGAGAUUCCUAUCUCCUAUUUAUCAUUUCUGUUAACAUCUAAAACCCUUUUUAACCGGAACCUUUGUUUCCUACUCCAUAUGACUGAAUUACAAUGACAGGAAUGUAUUCAUUCCCUGGACUGAUUAGU